GUUAAAAAGUUUCAGACCAGACGAAACAACGAUGCUUAGCGACGCCACUUUCACCCGGAGAACACCACUCACUCUCAGUUCUCUUGGUGUUUCCGGUAAUCACAAUCGAAAGAUUUUAACCGGAGAUGGUUCAAGCAGGGCUCUUUCGUUUGGCUACAAACAUGGUUCACUGAGUUCUGCUCGUAUCAACUGGUCUGGUCGUUUCGGGACUGGGUUCGGGCAUCUGGUUCGGGUCUCUUCGGUGUCAGGUGGAGGUUCAGGUGGUUCCGGCGGAAUUGGUGGUUCAGGGGGUGAUAGUUCCGGCGGUGGAGGGGAAGAUAGCGGCGGAAACGGAAACAAGUGGUCGUUUCUCUCAUGGUACUUGGCUCUCCUCUCGGAUUAUCCUGUUUUGACAAAAUCUGUUACAUCAGCACUUUUGACCCUCAUUGGUGAUUUGAUCUGUCAGCUUACAAUCAAUAAGACCUCAUCUCUGGACAAGAAGAGGACACUCACGUUUACCAUCUUGGGCUUCGGGCUUGUCGGUCCAGCAUUGCACUUCUGGUACUUGUAUUUGAGCAAAGUGGUGACGGCUUCUGGAUUAUCAGGCGCAGUUUUGCGACUUUUACUUGACCAGUUUGUUUUUGCUCCAGUUUUUGUUGGAGUUUUCUUAUCAGCUGUUGUGACACUUGAAGGAAAACCAUCAAAUGUCAUACCGAAGCUAAAGCAGGAGUGGACUGGUGCAGUGCUAGCGAAUUGGCAGCUAUGGAUACCGUUUCAGUUUCUUAACUUCAGAUUUGUUCCACAAAACUUCCAGGUACUGGCUUCCAACGUAGUGGCUUUGGCUUGGAAUGUGAUCUUAUCAUUCAAAGCUCACAAAGAAGUUGUGCCAAAGUAGGAAUGUUUUCGUUCACUAAAGCUACAUGUGUUGUUGGUUUGUAAUCGGCAGAGUUUUGGGGACAGAUUGCUUGUCUGCUGAUGCAAAUGUUUGAUGUUUCAAACUAAAUAUUUGGAAUCUCUGCACUUGACAUUUUAUGAAGGUAGAAACAAGCUUCCUAUUUAAA